AUGGAGUUCACCAACCUCGGAAAAUGUCUUUGUUUGGCCUUGAUCCUCAUGAUGUUUGGGGGUUGGUAUUCUGAAGCCACUUCUCGAACUCUCCAAGAUGCAUCAAUGUAUGGGAGAUACGAGCAAUGGAUGGCUCGUUAUGGACGUGUCUACAAUGACAUUAACGAGAAGGAGAAGCGCUUCCAGAUAUUUAAGGAAAAUGUAGCAAUUGUGGAAUCAUCCAACAAUGAUGCAAGCAAGCCUUACACAUUAAGUGUCAAUCAAUUUGCAGAUCUCACAAAUGAAGAAUUCAUUGCCUCGAGAAAUCGAUUCAAGGGGCAUGAAUGUUCCACAAAGACCAUGUCUUUCAAGUAUGAAAACUUUACUGUGCCAGCUACUGUGGACUGGAGACAGAAAGGAGCUGUAACUCCAGUGAAGGACCAAGGCCAAUGUGGAUGUUGUUGGGCUUUCUCAGCUGUUGCAGCCAUGGAAGGAAUUACUCAGCUUACAACAGGUAAGCUAAUCUCAUUGUCUGAGCAAGAGCUGGUUGAUUGUGAUGUGAAUGGUGAAGACCAAGGUUGCGAGGGUGGUUUGAUGGACAAUGCCUUUGACUUCAUCAAUCAAAAUCAUGGACUUAGUACUGAGGCUCAUUACCCCUACACCGGUGUCGAUGGUACAUGCAAUGCACAGAAGGAAGCAAGUCAUGCAGCCUCAAUAACUGGCCACGAAGAUGUGCCUGCAAACAGUGAAAGCGCCCUUCUUAAGGCCGUCGCCAAUCAACCCAUUUCUGUUGCCAUUGAUGCUAGCGGUUCUGAUUUCCAAUUGUAUUCAAGUGGUGUUUUCACAGGAACUUGUGGAACAAGCCUAGACCAUGGUGUCACUGCUGUUGGUUACGGCAUCAGUGAUGAUGGGACUAAGUAUUGGUUGGUUAAGAACUCAUGGGGGGCACAGUGGGGUGAAGAAGGGUACAUAAGAAUGCAAAGAGAUGUCGAUGCACCAGAAGGUCUUUGUGGCAUUGCUAUGGCAGCCUCUUAUCCCACUGCAUAAUUAAUAUAAACUAUAAUGAACUUAUUAUCUUAUCAAUUAUAGGUUUAUUAUAUAAUGAUAUGUACAUGAACUAAUGCUUGGAAUACUAAAGGCCUACCACAUCUGUAAGAAAACUAGAAAUCUUAUCAAUAGAAGAAUGAAGAACCUCUUUUUCUGUCUAGCUGAAAUUAUCCAUCACUAU